AUGGAGAUUGUCGCUGAGGUUGAAGCAAGUAUGAAAGAACAUAUGGAUAUGCUUGCCAAAAUGAUGGAACAACAGGUCGAGGGGCGAAUACGGGUAAUGAGGCAGCAGGAUGCAUCCAUGACACUUGAAUCUCCAUCGGCUUGGCACCAGAGUGCAUCUGCACCAGAUAAUGAUCCAGAUAACAUGCUCGUUCAUCAUGACUUCCCUAUCGGUGAAUUUGAAGAAGUAGCAGCACGCGGAAGAGGCAGAGCAGGCACCUUCGAGGAGGCGGACGCGGCGCAGCAGCACCUCCUACCACACCCGCUCGUCAUCGAGAUCCCGACAUCGGCGACGACAUGGGAGGCGAACAACGAGGGGUUGGAGGAGGUGUCGUCGGAUGUGCGGUGCGCGAGCUGGAGGCUGGCGGCGGAUGCCAACAACUUGGUGCCGUGGAAGGCCGUUCCGGUGGAGUGCGCGACACACGUGCGGGACUACGUCACGGGGGUCGCCUACCGCUUUGACCUGGAGCCCAUCGGGGAUGACGCAUGGGUGUUCGACGUCAACAAGACGCUGCUCUCCAACCUGCCCUACUACGUCAAGAACGGAUACGGGGGGGAGGCGCCGGCGAUCCCCUCUAGCUUGAAGCUGUACAAGGAGGUUCAUGAUCUUGGGUUCAAGACCUUCCUGCUCACCGGCCGAAGCGAGGCGCACCAGGGCGUCACAGUGGACAACCUGAACAAAGAGUGUUUCCAUGAUUCGGACAAGCUCAUACGGAGAUAUCUUGCCGUGUGA